UGUGCCGCGGGUAGACCUCGGAGUGCUCUUUCUGCGCGUGUAAGACCCCGGAGUGGAAAAAUAAACACCACCGGCCGAAUUGUUGACAUUUUUUUGGUGUCUGGGCAAAAUUGGAUGUUCCGCGCCGAUUGAUCGUUUGAUUUGUGAUAGUUUAUAAAAUAAGCUAAUUGGAUCUGAUAUCGCAAAUCGAUGAUUAGUUUGUGUGUUUUCUUUUUAUUGCAAACUGGAUUUUAGGUGAACAAACCGAGACAGCUUCCGUCAGUGUCGUUUAGGUUUUCAGUGAAAUUACCAAAAGGAGUAAAAAUUAAUGAUUUGAGAAACAUUCAUAGACACAGAGUGUGUUUGUGACUGGAUUGCGCUUUCCUCCGGCUGUAAAAGUGGUGACAUUCGCUGAGCAGUUUUCAACGCUUGGUCGUUUUUCAAAAAGUGGUUAUUACUGUUUCUGCUCUGUUUUGCUUCCAACAUCGGGCAAUGGAAAUAAUGCGGGCAACGCAUGGAAAACCCAACAGUGAAGUGAUUUUUGCUGUGCGCCUUUAAGAGAGGUAAAGUUAAAACCGUUGUGACGCGUGGAGUAAAUAAUCCAUUUGGAUCGUUUGUGUAAGCACAGUGCAGUGAUUGAGAAAAGUGAAUGUUCAAAAGAUCUAUAUCCCCGAGCUAGUCGCUGUGACAGUGAUAAUCAACAAUCAUUCAGACAAGGCAAAAAUUGUCCACAUAGAUCGUGUCUUUGGGUUCGUCGCUUAAAAGCAUUAAAGUCACUGUACCUCAAGUGUAGUCGAAUCUCUCCUGUAUCGCAGUCAUUGGUGUAUACACGUUAUGAGAGCCGGUAUGCAGGGCAGCACGGUAUAAACAGAGCGAGAGCAGACUUGGUAUGCGACUGAGCAAAGAACAACGAUCAGUCUGGAUCAUCCUGUUAUCUAGGUCACUCGCUACCGAAAAGCAUCGGAUGUAAUAAACACACAACAUAACGAUGGAAACGACCAACAUCCCCAAAGCUAUUUACACAUCAAGACUUGACCUCUAGCAAAUAGAUGGAAACAAAUUAACACAGUGAUCGAAAUACCAGCCAGCUCCAAUUUCCCUCCCUCGCUAUCAUACCUCCCCCAAUGACUGGUUGUAUCUGUGGGGGAAGCAGACAGGAUGAAAACUAAUGAGAGCAUCCGAACACGAAUUGGCCACUUCGGGGUGCUCGAUGGACCGGUAAAUUGUGCGCCAAUCUGGUUUUCUUGCUUAUUUGUUAUUUUGAUCAGGCCAAGCCUUCGUAACAUGGCCCGCUGAUCUCUGCGAUUGUAAUUUGAAAUCAAUUUUACAAUUUAGUUGAUCCGUGUUUGUCGAUUUGGGUGCGAUUGUAACCCAAUUGUUUUGAGAGCAAUGAUCAGCGGGGACCACCGGCACAGUCCCAGUGGAGCAGAUUUCCAAGCACACAGCUGGAAAAUGUCGCCAUCGAUUAACAGUGCGUGAAGAACUUAUACCAAAAAAAAAAAACAAACGAUGACUUCCAGUGACGAACCGGACGAUGUAAGCAAUCAAGAAGGAAAGUGAAACAAAAUGCCCUAGUGGGUGGUUGUCAACCAAAACAGUUUCAUUGGCAUAGCGAUUGAGCGAAGAGUAGUGAAACGUCCAACGUCCGAAAAAUAAACACCAAUCAUGGUAACCUACAACAUGGAUAACCAUCAGCACCACCAACCGCGAAUGAGUCGCCAACGGCGUGGUUCCAGCGUUUCGUCCGGCUUUCGGUUACUGAAUGCCGAUCAGCUGGAUUCGAUUUCCAGCGUGAGCCGUAAUUCGAUCUACAAACUUCGAAUCGAUGCGAUGUUUGACGACACGAGAUCGAUCAUCAGCCAACGGAUCGAUGAUCGUAGCUCGCUAAACCUCGGAAUUGGGGCCGGAGGUCGCCGCCGGUCGUCCUCGAUCCAUGGCGCGGGUUCGAUCAGCAGCGCCACCCGUUUGGGAGGACCGAGAGCGAUCGUGAACGAACGGGACCACCUGGACAUCAGCGGGUUAGCGAACAAUCUGCGUGAUUUGCGUGGUGGAAGCAGUGGGAGUGCUGCCAGCGGUGCCAGCCAUGGCAGCCGGUCGGAAUCCAGCAACUGCGUGCAGGCGCAAAUUGAAAAAAUGUUCAACGAUGUCGCCAAGGAGCAGAGCAGCGACGGCAGCGGUUCGGUGGCCGCCAUCAACGGGCAGACUUUUUCGGUGCGGUGUCUCGGCUCGCUGCCACUGAAGGACAAGGUUACGAGUCUGGUGGGACUGCAGGAACCGUUGUGGCAGCUCUACCUAAGUGGCGCAGGACAUGGGAACCAAAACGCCGGUACACUGGACAUCAGCACCAUCGGAAUGCGCGUGAAAGCUGCCAAUGGACGCGAACCGAUGGUAACUCCGUUUCAAAACAUUGCAGUUUGGUCCGCCGUGAAAUUCGUCGUUUCCGCAUCGGAAGGCGGUGCUGCCUUUCUUCCCCUUAUCACCGAUCCCGAAAACAUUGACAAGCGGGCGCUUUUCCGACCAUUAAGCAGCGCCGCGGAUAAGCGAAGACUGUCAUCCGGCCUUCACUCACCACUGUUCGCAAUAGUAAUGCGUUCAAGUACGAUGCCCCGGCAACUCGAGUGUCAUGGAUUCGUUUGUCAAACACCGGAGGAUGCGAUUGUUAUUGCUGCCACGCUCUAUCAAAGCCUGAUGGCACACAUGGGCAGUGGAGAUAAUGCUCGUUCCCGCAGACCCAAGAACCGCAACGGAGUCAGCUGUAUGAGUAUUGCCAGCAGUGCAGCAACUACCAAUAUGCAUCUGCAUCCGGGAUCCUCAAAAGUGUCAUCGCGAAGAUCAAGCGCCAGUCAACGCAGUAUGCUACCACCACCGCCAAGGCCACCGAGGAAGACGAAAAGAUCUGCGACCACUUCGUUAAGCGGAGAAAGCGACACCAUGACAGGUGCUAACGAUGAAACCUCCACCGAAGAACGCAAGAAACGAUCCCCCAAGGGUAAACGACCUCCACCGGUCCCGUCGAAUCCACCGAGAGCGAUUUUGAACCGCCCAUCGCUAGACGACAUCUACACCGAUCGCAGCAACUCAAACGAUGACAACCCGAACCAGUCCAAGGGUGGCGAGAACAACUAUCCAGCCCUAUCGGAGUGCUCCGGUGGGGACAUCCUAACGCGAGUAGCUAUCCCUCGCUCCGGCAGCUUCCUGAACACGGCCGGUCUGGCACGGUACAAAUCGCGAGCUACGAGACGACACACUGGCAAGGUUGGAGGCGGGGGUGGAUCGCCCCUCGGCUUCAGUGAACUAUUCAACGAGUUUCGGCUGCAGGAAAAUCUGCACUCCCUCGACGAUAUCCUCAAUGCCAUAAUCAAUUCCGAUGGAAUGUCGUUCAACGAUCUGAAGCCGAUCUACAAGGAGUUCUUGCUCAAGCUGGCCGUCACGCUGACCAAGGACGAACUGUACCAGCGGUCCAAGAGCAUCAUGCGGCGCCAGAAGAAGAAGAAGCUAAAGCGGAAGAACAGCAAUGUGCAGACCCAACGCCGCAAGCUGCUGUUUGGUGCAAUGGGACUCAAAAAGGUAUUCCGGUUUGGGAAGUUUCGGAACAAAAAAGCAUCCACACGAUCAAACUGCACCGGGGAUCCCAACGGAAGCCUUACUGAUGACGUCGAAUCUACCGUACGGCAACUGGUCGGUGUCGAUGGGAAAUCAGGCAAACAGCUCGCAGCCGCCGAUCAGCUGUCACUGGAUCUUAAAGCGGCCGAUAAGAAGGAUCGAUCAAGAAUUGGAACAAGCGGUUCUGAGGUUUCAGAGGCUCGACAUGAGCAUACUUUGACCGCACAUCACAACCGGAACAGUUCAAGCGGAUACGUAUCCUGCUCGGAGUGCAGCUAUGACUCGGAUGCUUGUACGUGUACUUCGGCGGAUCGAUGCUACUGCAGUCUAGGGGGAGAUGACAUCAACGCCAAACUGAACGAGGCGAGCAACAGGAAUUCGCUGCCUAGCUGUAAAAGUGAUGACAAGUGCUACUGUUCGAUGGGAGAAACGCAGGAGGAAGGUUCAACGACCUGGUGCGAUACAGAUAGCUGCGUGAGCAACGAAAAGUGCUAUUGUCCCACGCAACAUGGAGAGCAACGGCCUUGCGCCAAUAAACAACCAUCAGCAGGGAAAAAUACUAACGAUAAGCUAGCCUUGGAUUAUGAACUGUUUACCGUAGGCGGCAAUGGACGUCCAGUGAAUGCAUCGGAAGCACUUACCGUGAAGAAGACAGUCGAAAUGGCAGCAGUCUUUGCCGAUGUCAAGCUGAGCCAAACAACCGAUAUUUCCGAUAUGAAAAAUGAACAACAACAACAGCAACCGUCACAACAAUCGCACCACCAGCAUCAAAGUUCGCAGCAAGAUGCCAGCAUCAAAAAGCAUGCGAUCAAAGGCGAUCACCAUGGUCACAACCACCAUCACACGCAUAACAGCAACAGCAACCAUAGGCGACAUAGCGAUGGCAAACGUGGCAAUAAACCUGUCCAGAAGUUGCUCAAUAAGAAAGCCCUGGUAGAACCUGCACCAAUAAACGAGUAUCACUAUAUCCAAUCAUCCCAGAAUGAUGUGGCGACACGUAAACAACUUGGUGACAAGAAGUCAUCCAAGCGAUCCUCGAAAGCGGAAGGCCACUACCAGGCGAUGUCACCGCGUGCCGUAGUUGGCUCUGCGCUCGGUUUAGAAGAUUCUCUAGGGUAUCUACCGUAGAGAUUGAUAGUUGUAGUAUAGUUGUAUGGUUUUUAACAGUGCGCAUGUGUUUGAUGUUCUACAUUUUUUCCUGGGAGUAAACAAAUCGAAUGAACUAGGUGGCAGCUUAAGACGAUCCAUCAACGAUUACUGUUAAUGAGUUUCGUUCAUUAUUUCUACCUUAAUCAGUAUACUAUACAUCUGUCAUUUACGUUUUCAUGGCACAGCCUACGGUUUACUCUCAGUGAAGAAUUCGGCUUGCUAGGUUAGACAUUUUUCUUCCUUAUUCACAAAAAACAGAAGCAUUUAUUUUUUGAUGAUCCUGAACUAUAUCGGUGGUAGAGGUUAAUUUGUACAUUCCGACUGGUUUCUGUAACAUAAAAUAGGCAAUGGUGACAAAAGAUUUUAUUUUUAAACGAAAAAGUGCAAUACAAUGUUGAGCUUUCUACAUCAAGUAACUAAAAUUAGGUAUAGUGUUAAAUAAAAAUACUGAUGACGAGAUUUCGAAAUUUAAAAAUACUAACGGAUGGUCCAUGAAGACAUUAAUUCAACCUAUAGAUGUUACGUUCGACAUGUAUGAAACGGUCUCUAAAGUUGGAACCAUUAAUCUGACUGGCAAUCAGAUGAUUUAUGUUUUAAACGAAUAGAAUACUUUAUGGAGACGUCAUGGAAGAACUCGAGCCGUGACCAUUCACUAGAAUUGUUUGCAACGACUUAGAAAAAUUAUUGUGCUUAAAGCAAACCGUUGAUUAUAAUUGUUAAAAGUCGUGUGAACAGUUACUAGUGCGCUGUUAAAGAAGCGAGGUGUACUGCGUCGGCAAAGAAUUCUGUUUAGCGACAACGUUGAAAAAAUCGCUUGCUAAAUCCAUUCAUUCUUGAUCAUCCUACUGCAAUCAUUGAUUCACGAUUAGAAACCAAAACAAAUAAAAGCUCCUCAAACAAGUGCAAUACCUAACAUGCUGAGGAAACUAGGAAAACUUUUUAACGAAUCAUUACUUUGUCAUUGUUUUAAAGCUCCUACAGCAUCAGCAGCAAACUUCCAAUCAAAUAAGACUAAUCAUAAGCCCUGUAGGUAUGUAAGCUUUAGCGUAUAAGCAAUUCCAUGAUAUGCUAUUUAUUGUCUAGUAGCAAAACAUCGAUGCAAUAGCUAAUCGAGAUGGUGCAAUAAAUCUUUCAGCAAUAUGAGUAACGAAUGUGCAAUC